AUGGCAGACGUCGAGGAAAAUAAGACAACACAGUCUGCCGAUGUUCCUGUCAAGACAAGUCUAGGGCGUGGAAUUUUGGGGACUGUUCUUGGGGACAAAGUGCGUGGAAUUGGACGUGGUUCUGUCACAAACUCUCAGGUGAAUGAUGUUGGGGACGGCACCGGUUUCCAGGAUGGAAACAGGACAAAUAACAGAAGCAGCAGUGAGAGUUUUAGAGCAAGAGGCUCACAGGGUCAUUUCAGAGGCGCCAGAGGUGGUAACAGACGGACUGAUGGAGGAAAUGGUGUUCCAAAGCCCGGUGGAAAUGUUGACAACUUCAGAAAUGACAGAAAAUACACUAGACAUACAAAUGGUUCUUCAGGUGAUUUUGUGGUCAGUGCAACAAGUGAUGAUAACAGAAGAGGAAGAGAAGAGGGUCCAGCUGGCCGUGGGAGAGAAGGUGCAUUCAGAGGCGGAAAUGUCCGGGGAAGUUUUGGAAACAGGGGUGGUUAUGUAAAACAAGGAAGAGAUUGGAUGUGUCCAGAUUUAGCUUGUGGUAACAAAAACUUUGCCUUCAGGAAAGUCUGUCAGAAAUGCAACACUCCCAGGCCAGAGAGCUCAUCAGUCUUAGACAAGAAUGGCAAGCCUCAGGAAUACAUCCCCCCAGCUCCUUCAGACAAGGAGGAGGACAUAUUUAGCGGGGCCGUCCAGAAAGGAACCAAUUUUGACAAAUACGAUGACAUACCAGUGGAAGUGAGUGGCAGAGAUCAGUGUGGAUUAAUCUAUUCAUUUGAAGAUGCAAACCUACAUCCAACAUUUCUGAAAAAUUUACAACUUGCCAAUUAUGAAAAACCAACACCAAUACAGAAGUACUCCAUUCCUGUCAUCAGUGCUGGGAGAGAUCUGAUGGCUUGUGCUCAGACGGGUUCGGGAAAGACGGCAGCCUUCCUGUUACCAGUUCUGACUGCCCUGAUCAAGAAAGGACUGACAAUGGAUCAACACGAAGAAUUUCAGAGACCUCGAGCAAUCUGUGUUGCCCCGACCCGUGAGUUAGCCUUGCAGAUCUACAAUGACUGUCGAAAGUUUGCUUAUCAGACAGAGGUCAGGGCAGUAGUUCUCUACGGCGGAACAUCGGUUGAUUACCAAAUGAAGCAAGUGGAAUGUGGAGCUCAUUUUAUUAUUGGCACGCCAGGUCGGCUGCUGGAUGUAAUCAACAAAGGAAAGAUCAGCUUGAAAGAUGUGUCCUUCUUGAUCUUGGAUGAAGCCGACCGAAUGUUGGACAUGGGAUUUGAACCUGAGGUUCGUAAGCUGGUGGAGACGCUGGGCAUGCCUCCCAAAACCGAACGCCAGACUGUCAUGUUCUCCGCUACAUUCCCUGAAGAGAUACAGAAACUGGCUGCCGAUUUCCUUAACGAUUACCUUUUUGUCACAGUUGGCCGAGUGGGAGGAGCCAACACAGAUGUUUCUCAGCAUUUUUUUGAAGUCGAUCGUCUUCAGAAGCGGGAAUCAUUGUGUGACAUUUUAAAUGCGGGAGGAGGAGAAAAGACUCUAGUUUUUGUGGAAUCCAAAAGAAAUGCAGAUUUCCUGGCCUCUUAUUUGUGUCAAUCAGGUUUUCCAACAACUAGCAUUCAUGGAGAUCGUCUUCAGAGGGAAAGAGAGGAGGCUCUCGCAGACUUCAAAACUGGUAAAGCCCAUGUUCUUGUGGCGACAUCUGUUGCUGCCAGGGGCCUCAAUAUUCCGGAAGUCAUGCACGUGAUAAACUAUGACUUACCAUCUUCAAUUGACGAGUACGUGCACCGAAUAGGAAGAACCGGACGCUGUGGCAAUCUUGGGAAAGCCACAAGUUUUUUCACUGCAGAGACUGACCAACCCAUGACUGCUAAUCUUGUCAGAAUUCUGAAAGAGGCUUGCCAGCCAAUACCAGAUUGGCUUGUAGAACAUUCAAGGGGCAUGGGUGCCGGAGAUGCUGGCAGUUUCAACAGCCGGUUUGGUGGCAAGGACAUCAGGAGAGGAAAGUUUGGAGGGGGAGGCAGAGCUAAGCAUGACAGCGGCAGUGCCAGCAAAACAGCCAGUAGGCAGGCUGUUGCUGCCUCGGAGGGAAAUGAUGACAGCAAAACAAUUGAUAAUCAGGAAGAUUUAGCUACAGGUGAUAGUGUAGAGGACUGGGAUUGA